UGCAACUUUGUUAUGAGAACGGGCUGUUGUCUUUGUGAUAAUAAUAUUUUUAGCUUUUUAUUUAAUUAACAGACCUGAUUAAUGUUAUAAUGUUGUUCGGUGAAACAUGUCUGAAGCAGCUUUAGAAGAAGUUUCGGUUUUAUCUUCGAUUUACUGCGGGGAGGGAGAGUUUGAGCUGCUACAACAGUCUGCUGAUGGAGUGACACUGCAGAUCACCUCAUGUGUUCUGGGAGGACAGGGGGUGACUUUGCUCUUCCACCUGCCCCCCUCAUACCCCCUCUUCCCCCCGCACAUCUCCGUCUCCUCUUCUGCUCUGACCAGAACCCAGUGUCAGAGCAUCAGACAACAGCUGCUCCAACAGGCCGCCUCUUUACCCCCAGAAGCAAUGGUUCAUCAUCUGAUCGAGAGCUUACAGAGCUUAGACGUGUCUGAGGCCCUUCCUGGAUCAGAGACAGAGGUGAGACCAGACCAGGACCAGAACCAGGACCAGGACUUGUGGGUCUCAGUUUUGUCUCUGGACCACAUGAGAUCAAGAAAUCGUUACGUUCUCCUGGAGCGAUGGAGCAAACAGCUGCAGCUCAGUGGGAGGUUAUUACUGGGACGAAACAUUCUGGUUUUACUGCAGGGAAGCAAAACCAGCAUCAAGGAGUUCUGUUGCCUUUUAAAAACAGUGAAGGUGGAUGUGGAUUCUUCUGGAAAAAAGUGCAAAGAGAGACUCAUGAAGGUUCUCAUUGAAGCACCAGCGCCUCUGGACACUCAAAACAGUCUGCAGGGGUUUGAGGUGAGGCAGUGCCAUUCUGGGUCAGAGCUCAGAGCAGCGUUUGAGGAAGUCCAUCUGAGUGAGAUCUACAAGAACAUUUUACCGUCAUUACGAGACUGAAGCAAAGAGAACCAAAACCACUGAAAAAACAAAAGAGACACCCCUCAGAGAACUUUCAGUAAGCGAAAUGUUAAACCAGUGGAGACUUUAAGAUGCCAAACACAGAACUAAACUUUGCCAUUCAAAAGUAUUCUGACAUUAUACGGCGAUUAAGUUAUUUAACAGUAGUUGCCCAGAUGCUUACCGGGUUCCAUGCCUUGUUUACUUUUUUAAUACAGUAUUUGCUAGGGAUGAACCAAUCUGAUACAGGUAUCUGAUAUUGGUGCUGAUACCGGAAUAUUUCCUGGGUCGGGUAUCAUCCUCCACGUAUUGUUAAAAAUAUCGGUUGUACAUAAUGAGACGUAGAUGGCCUAGAAAGUCUCAUAAUGUUUGAACUUUUAUUUAUAUGAAGUUGUUCUGUAGUUCUGUAGAGAGAUAAAUAACACCUACAUAACACA